AUGAGGCCCUUGCCGCCGGUCGGCGAUGUCCGACUGGAGCUGUCGCUGCCGCCGCUGCCGGCUAUAAGCGGAGCUCCAGUCGGCUCGUCCGGGCGUCUCAUGGCCGCUAGCAGCUCCUUGGUGCCCGACCGGCUGCGCCUGCCGCUCUGCUUCCUGGGCGUCUUUGUCUGCUAUUUCUAUUAUGGGAUACUGCAGGAAAAGAUAACAAGAGGAAAGUAUGGAGAGGGACCCAAGCAAGAGACAUUCACCUUUGCCUUAACUUUAGUCUUCAUCCAGUGUGUGAUCAAUGCUGUAUUUGCCAAGAUCUUGAUCCAGUUUUUUGACACUGCCAGGGUGGAUCGUACCCGGAGCUGGCUCUAUGCUGCCUGUUCUGUCUCCUAUCUGGGUGCCAUGGUCUCCAGCAACUCAGCAUUACAGUUUGUCAACUACCCAACUCAGGUCCUUGGUAAAUCCUGCAAGCCAAUUCCAGUCAUGCUCCUUGGGGUGACCCUCUUGAAGAAGAAGUACCCACUAGCCAAGUACUUAUGUGUGUUGCUAAUUGUCGCUGGAGUGGCCCUUUUCAUGUACAAACCCAAGAAGGUAGUUGGAAUGGAAGAACACACAAUUGGCUAUGGAGAGCUGCUCCUGCUCUUGUCUCUGACAUUGGAUGGACUAACAGGUGUUUCCCAGGAUCAUAUGCGGGCUCAUUACCAAACAGGCUCCAACCACAUGAUGUUGAACAUCAACCUUUGGUCGACAUUGCUGCUCGGAGCUGGAAUCCUGUUCACUGGGGAGCUCUGGGAGUUCUUGAGCUUUGCUGAGAGGUACCCUGCCAUCAUCUAUAAUAUCCUGCUCUUCGGCCUGACCAGUGCCCUGGGUCAAAGUUUUAUCUUCAUGACAGUUGUGUACUUUGGUCCCCUGACCUGCUCCAUCAUCACUACAACUCGAAAGUUCUUUACCAUUUUAGCUUCUGUGAUCCUCUUUGCCAACCCCAUCAGCUCCAUGCAGUGGGUGGGCACCGUGCUGGUGUUCCUGGGUCUCGGUCUUGAUGCCAAGUUUGGGAAAGGAGCCAAGAAGACGUCCCACUAG